AUGAAAAACAACCCUGACUUAGAGAAAGACUAUAUAUUUAACAAUUUAGUCAAAAGAGACAAACAAGAAAGAAUGCCGGGCUUCAAACUUCAGAAAGGUGACAAAGUAAAAAUAGAAAUACCUAAACGCGACCCAUAUGAAAAUACUAUUGACUAUGACAACAACAAGUACCCGACAGGUACUCACAUUCGUGUUCGUAAAAAUAGAAGAAAGUAUACAAGAGAAUAUUAUGAAGUUUUAGGCAAACAUGGCAAAAUGUACAGACUGCAAGCAGAAGAUAAAACUACUAUUGUCAGACCUCGUUUCAAACUUGUUAAGGUUCAAGGUGGUAUACUUUCAAAGACAGUUCCUAACAAAUAUAAGACAACUCCUGACGAAUAUGCUAAAGAAGUUGAAAAUGACGACUAA